AUGUGUUUGGCAGUCGGCUGCCAAGAAGUGGCUUCCUGGACUGAGGCCAGGCCCAGUGCCGACCAUUGCCUGGGAGACGGGGCCUACUUUGCGGCCCGCCGCAAGGCCGAGCGCUUCGGCUUCGACUUCGGCCAUGGUGAGCCGGCUGUAGUGAGGUGCAGCAUCACCGUGCACAAUCCCUACUACAGCACAGGCGACAACAAAGACUGGAGGACCAGGGGGCAUGAUUCGUGCCGUGCCACGCGCACCAGUUUGUCAAGCAACCCGGAGUGGUGCGUCCUGGCAAAUUCGGCUAACAUUCGCGUGCUGGAGGUCAUCGAUCUUCGUGGUCAGACGAGACCAGCCAACUGA